UGGUGGGGCGAAGACGAAGGAGAGAAGACGCAAAGAGGGACGCACGCUCUUUAAGUCACGGCUCGUUCGCCUCGUAGCCAGAAACCAAUCCAGAGAAUACAAUAAAAGGAAGCGUAUCACAGCAGAAGGAGACUGAGCUGAACAGAAGGUUGGAGGAUUAAAGGCGAGAAUAGAGGGGGGAAGCACUUAGGGGGAGGCUAGCGGUAGCCUGGCUGAGCUGACUCCCCCCUCCCCCCCCUCCUCCUCCUCCUCCGCGAGGAGGAGUUGCAGUUUGCCGGCCAGGGCUGGUCCCAGGGCUGGCAGGGCUGGCCCUACUGCUUCUCCCCCUCCAUUCCUUCCUUCCUUCCUUCCUCUCUCUCUCUCUCUCCUCCUUCUCUGCCUCCCUUUUUUUUAACAAUCAACUGAACUGCUGUGCAGUGAUGAACUUCCAGGCCGGCCCUGUGAGCAACACAGGAAUGCUCAGAAAAUCCUGCCAAGGAAACUCCUCCGCCUCAAGGGAGGCGAACUGGACAGGUUGAGCCUUCCGCAAGAGGACCUGCGCUGCAGUAUAGACCGUCCCCCCUUCUGUCACCCCGUCUCUCUUGUUGCACUCACUGGUUGAGCGCACUGAGAGACUUUUUUUCUUCUUCUUUCCUUUUCUUUUUUAAAAAAAACUGGAACCGUGGCGACUUUUUCGGUAGCGCGGUGCAAGGACCAGCUCCACUCGCCCAAGAUGAGCCGCUGGCUGAAAUGCACCUCCAUGCACUUUAACACAGACUGGAACAAGUACGAUGACCGGCUGAUGAAGGCCGUGGAGCGGAGGGAGGUGGACAAGGUGGCCGCCGUUCUCAGCAAGAAGGCCAUCAUCCCCAGCAAGCUCGACGUAGAAGGACACUCGGCGUUCCAUUUGGCUGCGACGCGAGGACACCUCGACUGCCUCAAUCUGAUCCUGGCACAUGGCGUCGACGUCACGGCGUCGGAUGCCACCGGCAAAAACGCUCUCCAUCAGGCUUCAAGAAAUGGGCAUUCUCUGUGUGUGCAGAAACUCCUGCAGCACAACAGUCCAGUCGGAAAUGUGGACCUACAAGGAAGAACAGCGCUACAUGAUGCUGUCAUGGGCGGCUGCUCCUCCAGCGUGAAACUUCUCUGUGACAGCGGGGCUUCUGUGAAUGCCACGGAUUUUGAUGGCAGAACACCUCUGGUGCUGGCAACCCAGAUGUGUCAUCCACGCAUCUGUCAGCUGCUGCUGGAGCGAGGGGCUGACAUCACCAUCCGGGACAAACUAAACAAGACGGCGCUGAUCCUGGGCUGCGAGUUUGGCUGCAAGGACGCCGUGGAGGUGUUGCUGAAGAGCGGCAGCGACGUGAAGGCCGUGGACGGCUUGGGUCAGGACGCGCUGCACUACGCUCGCCUCAACAAGAACCCCGAGCUCGUCACCUUGAUCAAAAGUCACCUCGACAAAGCCACCAGAGAUAAAGAGGCCGCGAAGAUAGAGCAGUGGAAGCGACAGCAUUCAGUGGAGAGAUCGGAGGCAGCUGAGGUUAACAGAAGGGAUCAAAUCAUACAUGACUUUGAGAAGCAGAACGAGGCCCUGCAGGAAAGCCUGAGGAACUAUCAGCAGGAUCAAAGAGCCUUGUUGGAUCAAGUCAACGUGCUGCAGCAACAGCUCACACAGGAAAAGAUCACUGUGGAAGAUGCUCAAAAAGAGAAGGAUCAGUUGAAGGUGUUACUUGGUUCCAAAGAGGAAGGGGCUCGAGGCCAGGAGACCGUCAAGGUUCAGCUCAGGAGCACUAUGGGGGAUUACUCUGGACAGUCCGUUAUCAAAGGUAAAGAAAACAAUCUGGUCAAACAAGCUCACAGCCUGGACUCUGAUCAGGUGCUCCAGAAUCUUGCCUUGUCGCACUCGUUGUCCAGACCUUCAGAGAAGAACCAUCCCUCUGUGGGCUGGCACAUCUCCGCGGAGCUGGAUGCCCUCCAACGAGAACUCGAGGCGGUCAAGAGAAGACAACAGGCGGCGGACGAGGAGACGGCGCAGCUUCAGUCGGCCCUGAACCGCAAGACCCGAGAGUGCCAGGAGCUGGUCCUCAGCCGAGACACCAUCCAGAAACAGGCCGACCAGCAGAUUCAAGGUCUGGAGGACGCCUUGGGGGACGUCCAGAAGAGGAUGCUGGAUUCCGAGUGUAAGGUGAAACAGCUGCAGGCCCACGUGGUCGCCGUUAAGGAACACCUCGGGGGCCAGGCGACGGAGGAGCUGCGCGCUCAGCUCCAGGACGUCAAGGCCAAGUACGAAGGAGCGUCGGCCGAAGUGUGCCGCGUUCGCAACCGCCUCAAACAGAGCGAGAAGGCCCUGGAGGAGUACAAGAGCAGCGAGAACCAGCUGGCCACGGAGGCCGAGAAGCUGAACCAGGAGCUGGCGGCCGUGACCGCCGACCGAGACGACCUAGCGAUUGUUGUCGUAGAAAUGGAAGCCCACCUGAAGGAGACCCAGAGCAAAUGCGGCAACACGGUGCCGGCUGAGAAGUUCGACAACAUGAAAAACCUGCUGAGCAACGCGGUCGACGAGAAGGAGCGGCAGAUCGCCGAGCUGAGGGAAGACUACGACCGCGUGCUGGAGGAGGUGGCCGAGCUCAACCGCAAGCUGGACGGCCCGUCCUCCCGCGGCGCGGCGGGCGCCGUGCAGGCGGCGCUCGAGCAGCAGAACGCUUCUCUGAAAAGGAGGCUGUCGGACGUGACGGCCAAAAGCCAGGCGCUGAUUCAGGAAGUGGAGGAGAGCGAGGAGGAGAGAGAGAUGCUGCGAGAGCAGCUGGACGAACUCAACAGCAGGAUCCAGAUGGACUACGUUCCCGUGAACGCGCACGACGAAGCCCGGAGGAACAUGGCGUCGGCGUUGGAGGAGCUGGAGGACAAGCUGGUGGAAGCCGGCGAACGUUGCGGAAAAGCGGAGGCGCAGGUCCAGCAGCUUCAGUCGGAGAGGCCGGCGCUGCAGGCGAACAUCGGCAGCCUCCGAAGCGCCAGCGAGAGGCACCUCGGCGAGGUGGACGCUCUGAGGUCUCAGAACGCCGACCUGACGAAGAAGCUAGAACUUUUGCAGAGGAGAUGCGAGGACGGGGAUAGAGAGUGUGCGCGGCUGACCACGCAGAGCCAGACUCUGCAGCGGAGCUUGGAAGGAGAGUACGUUCCCAGACGGCAGCACGAGCAAGUGAAGAUGGAGUUAGAGAGCGCCGAGGCCGAGAGGUUGAAGUUGGAGACCAAGGGUGAAGAAAGUGGGGAAGAACUCAAGAAUGUGAAAGAAAGACACGAAAAGUUAAAGGAGAAGUUUGAGAAAGUCCAGUUGGAGAUGAGACGAGACUAUGUGAGCGUGGAGGAGCACAAAGCUGUCACAGACAAGUUGAACGCCGCCGUGGUGGAGGCGGAGAAACGGGCGAGCGACGCGUCGGCGAGUUACGCAGCGGCUCAACAGGAAACGGCCAAGCUUACUCAAGAACUGGAAGCUCAGAGGAAAGAGCUUGACACCAUUCAGGAGGCGAUUCAGUCCAGGUUUAUUCCACUGACAACAGCCGAGGAGAAAGAACACUCCCACAGCGCUCAGGUGAAGGACCUGAGCGUCCAGCUGCAGGAGAUGGAAGAGAAGUAUAACCGAGAAACGUCUGCGAGGGAGGAGUUGGAACAGGAGAAGGAGAAACUCGAGGUCCACGUCGAAUCUCUCCAACAGAGGCUGAACGCCGCUGUGGCUACCAGUGAAAAGCACCGCAACAUGGGGGAGGAGCUCAAGGAUAAGCUGGAGGCAUUAGCUCAGAAGUUGGUGAAUCUGGAGCGGCAGCACGGCGAGGCCGCGCUUCAGAAGGAAGAGCUUCGAGAGCAGAAAGCCCUCGGCGACGCUCAGAUCCAGAACCUCCAGGAGCGUCUGAAAUCGGAGUUGACCCGAAUUGCGACGUACGACACCGAGCUGAAGGCGCUGCACGACGCCGCGCGGCAAGCCCAGGCCGAUUGCCAGAAGGCGAGGGAGGCUCAGCAGGAGGAGGCCCAGAGGGCGAGCGUCUUGCAGAGAGAUGUGCAGGAGCGCCGCGGGGAUCAGGCCGCUCUGCUGCGGCAGCACGCCGAGGCCCAGGAGGCCCUGGAGGCCGAGGUCGCUAAGCUCCGCCUGGCUCUCCGCGAAGAGGAGGAGAACGGCGCCCAGAGGGCCGAGGACGUGUCCGCGCUGCAAUCAGAGCUCCUUCAGGCCACGCAGACUCUCGAGGAAAUCAACUACAAAGAAGACCAAAUGAACCAGCUGAAGACGGAGAAGCUGCGGCUGGAGGAGGAGGCCGCCAACCUGAGCAGCAGGCUCCUGAGCGCCACGGACGAGAGCGAAGAGGCCCGCCGGGAGGCGGCGAGGGCGCGGGAGGGGGAGAGCAGAGCGCGGACGGAGAUGGAGGCGGUCCAGGAGAAGAGCCGCGCCAUCGAGCGGGAAAUUGGGGAGCUGAAGGAGAGAUACGACGAGUCGCUCGCCACCAUCCGUGAUCUCCAGAGGGGGAUUCAGAAGUCCGCUCAGCAGACUGAGGCCAAAGACAAAAAGAUCACGGAGUUGCUGACAGAUGUUGAGCGGUUGAAGCAGGCACUAAACGGUCUGUCCCAGCUGGCGUACACAAGCAACGCGCCCAACAAGAGACAGACGCAGCACAUCGACACACUCCACGGCCAGAUCAAGAGCCUUCAGCAGCAGCUGGCUGAUGCUGAGAGGCAACACAGAGACGUGGUUUCCAUCUAUCGGACUCAUCUUCUCAGUGCAGCACAGGGCCACAUGGACGAGGACGUGCAGGCGGCUCUGCUGCAGAUCAUCCGCAUGAGACAAGAGUUUGUGUGUUGAAAGCUUCCUGCGACAAAACAAAAUGCUGCCUGCUGACCCAGAUUCACCGUUUUCACACCUCCCACUGCUGAGUUCACCUGCUGUGGCCCCUGUGGGUGCCCUGUGCGCGUGUGUGAUUGUGUGCGUGUGUGUGUCUGUAUGUGUCAUUGGGCAAAAUUUCCGAAACAGGCUUUUUUUGUAGUAGUAGUGUGGCUGCACUUUAGCUCCCACAUAUCAAUGUUGUGGGUAAAAGUGAAGAACCGUCGAUUAAGAUACAGACGAUUUCAAUUUGCAUAGAUUUCACUUUACUUAAAGUUUAUUGUCAGUUUUGUACCUGUGAAAUAGGGGUGUCUUUUCACAGUCAACUCCACCAGUUGCCAAGUGUUUCUCUUUUUUUGUUUUUAAGUAGGCAGAAGGGAAAUCUAAUUCUAAGAAUCACCGAUCCUGCUUUUAAUGUCAAAGGUCGGAAUCAAAAGUGAAUUCCGAUUUACUUUUUGAUCUACAAUUGAAAUCGUGACGCCCUGACUGUGAAACCCACUUGUUAUCAUUUUGACAUUUAUGCAGGAUCGUUUUCACAUCAGAAUACUAUGUGAAAAUGAGAUUCCGUGGGAUCUGUUGUACACGAUGAUCACCUGGUUGGUGCGUUGUUAUGCAAUGUGAGGUGUUAUUUAACUCCCACACGCUGAGCUGACAUGUAAACCGGACGUGAACACAAAGACCACGUUUCAGACAGUCGCUCUCAUGCAGUCUGUUUUCUGCAGAGUAUAGUAGAAUUUGAGGGAUACGUUCACAGGUCUUUUUUAAGUGGAAUUUGAGGGCCAAAUGGGCAGGCUUUUCCUAAAAGACUAAUUAUAGAAACUGUCACAUUAUAAAUCCCUCUUAAUAAUCACUUAUGAUCCACUAAAAGGUUUUAUUUGCUUUAAUUAUUCCUCCUGUUCAUACUGGUCACUAAAAGAUGCCUGAAAGACGUGUGGACGUAUCCGUUAAAUCCUACGACGUGUAGACUUCUCAGCCGCUGUAAUCUGAAUCGCACCGAAAAGUAACACGAUUAAAAUAAGUAAUAGAUGUUUGCUCUGUGCAAAAACAGAUCUUAACCUUUAACCAUUGCUCAUAUGAGGUUUCUCCACUAGGAUGUAGUCAUAGCGCGUGUUACCGUGUUUGUAGUUCAAUAUUCCCGCAAAAAAAAAACUUUUUCACAGAAAUCUCUUUAAUCUUUCCCCUAAUUAAAACAUUUUCAUAAGGGAACCCCGGAUCAAAGCACCCGACAGACUUAAAAUAAUGUGAAUCUAUCCUUUAACUUCGUGAAUGUCGGCUGCGUUCUCUUUACUCUUUUUGUGGCACAGUUGUCGUCUCCUCGGGGUCCAAACCAGCUCGCGUGGUCCGAGGCCAGUUGGAAUAAUAAUAUUUAAAAAACCCGGGGAGGGUAAAAAGCUCACUCACGGCCUGGUAAAGUCUGCCCGUUGUUUGUGCUGGAUUUGAUUUAUGGAGUGAGUGGGUGGGGGUGGGGGGGGGGUCUUUUGCCGUGUCCCACAGUUUGCAGUGGCACGUCGUCCUUUUUUUGUUGAAACCAGCGUCCUCUAGUGGAGAGACUUGGCGGGCCAAGUUGACAGGAGUUUAUGGUGACCGGGGGGGGGAGGCAGCCGUUUGUCUUUGUAGAAGCUGGAACAUCCGCAAGCGUGUGAAAUCUCGCGGAUAAGCGACGGAACAUGAAAUAGCCCCCACUCUCCCCCUCUCCUCCCUCAGCGAGGGCUGCGUGCCCCUCAGCCCGCUCUCUGUGCCUCCGGUGGUGUCGUGUGGUGGUUGUGAUUGUGGAGCGAGUCUCUUAUGCCUUUACACUGAUGUAUUUUCCAUUGCUUUUUACUACUUUAAACACUGUACUGCAGUGUGACUGCAUUCUGAUCUUCAGCAGGUCUGGAAGUAGAGCGGAGCGAAACGCGCUCAGGGUGACGGUCCGAACGGAGCAGAUCCCUUUAUUUAUGAGGAAAAACAAAACUUCUUUAGCGGUUAUUUCUUUCAAGCACUCCGGUCUUUACCUUCCAGUUGCACACAGUUGGAAUUCUCACUCUCUUUUUUUUAUAUUUUGGCCAAAAACUGACACCAGCAGAUAGUUUAGUAAUUAUUCUCACAUUUUGUCGUGCAGAUGUUUUGAAUUACUUGCUGUCUUCCAUCUACUGUUAACACAGACCGCUGAUUGAAUCCAGUUAAAUCUCUCAACUCUUUGUCUUUGACAAUAAUCUCUGUGUUUGUGACUCAGUAAAACCAAAUCAAUAAAAGUGCCUAACAUAGAAAACCA